AUGGGACUAUGCAUGCAGACGUACUUCAAGUUCGAGGGUAAAAUCUACGAACAUCUGAAAGGAACACCAAUUUCUGGAUUCAUAGCCGAAGCCUUAAUGCAGAAGCUGGAGAAGAAGGUACUACCAAGAAUCAUGCCAAAACUUUGGCUUCGAUACGUUGAGGACACAUUCGUCAUCUUGAAGAAGUCGAAACUAGAACGAACGUACAACAUUAUCAAUAACAUAUUCAAUGACAUCAAGUUCACAAUGGAGAUCGAGAAGGCAUUUUUGGACAUUUUGAUCAUCAGAACGCCAUCAGGAAAAAUUGGAGACAAAGGUCUACCGCAAGGGAACACAUACAGAUCAAAUCCUAAACUUCAAAAGUAA